AUGACUUGUGAUACAAACUAUAUGUGCAACAUAACGACUGGACAAACUACUGGAAUCUGCUGUUAUACUGGCACGAGUGGAACGACACUCAAUCCAUUUGGACCUAACUCGAGAUGCGCUGACAAACUUGGACCACAAGGUCAAAGCGAUUGCAAGAAAAGAGCUAAUUUAUGCGAUGAUGAGCUUUAUUAUAAUGUUAUGACCCAACAGUGCCCUGUCACAUGCAAUAGAUGCUCACUCAUUCCAACAGUUCCAAUAGGCUGUGCCGAUAGGCCAUCACCUACUGGCCGUGCUUCGGAAUGUCAAAAAAGAAGAAAUUUAUGCUCCGACCCUGUUUACUUCGAUGUUAUGACAAGGGAAUGUCCAAAAACAUGUAAUAGAUGUGGAUUUGUCACAAGCACGACACCUUCAUAUGGAAAAUAA